UUCCAACAUGUGACAACUGAAACACCAAAACUAGAAGUCAUGUUAGAACCAUAGAAGAUAGGCUUAUCCGACUAGAUUACACGUGGUAUUUCCUAAUUGGCGUAAGCAAAUCUUCAAGAGAAGAUUGCAGUUUGCCUCGUGUCAGAAGUCCACUCAUUCUGACGAGUCUCUGACCAAAGGCUAUCUUACACACCUAUUGUUACCCCCACAAAAAAGUAGCACUGAACGAAACUCAUGGCAUAUCUUGCAACCGUCGCCGCCGUGAAACCAUCUGCCGCCCUCGGCAGCUCACUAGCUGGAGCCAAGCUCCCCUUCAAGCCUUCCAGCCUAAGCAUCAAACCCAAAUCCGUCAGGUCUGGUGCCGUGGUGGCCAAGUAUGGAGACAAGAGUGUCGAAUUCGACUUGGAAGAUUUGGGAAACACAACUGGUCAAUGGGAUCUAUACGGCUCUGAUGCUCCUUCUCUUUACAACCCUCUUCAGAGCAAGUUUUUUGAGACAUUCGCUGCACCAUUCACAAAGAGAGGAUUGCUCCUCAAGUUCUUGAUUCUUGGAGGAGGAUCUUUGCUUACUUAUGUCAGCGCUUCAUCCACUGGCGAUGUUCUUCCCAUCAAGAGAGGUCCUCAGGAGAAGCCUAAGCUCGGUCCUCGCGGCAAACUCUGAUUUAAAUUCAUGCAAUGUUUGUUACCUUCCCAUAAACAUUUCUCAAUGCUUGUAACUCUUUAAAUUAUUGUAUGUAUAUUCUGUUUCUCUGUUACAUUUGAACCGUUUUUCUUUCCCUAGCUUUACAAAAGAAAUAUUAUUUUCUCAA